AUGCUAGAUGCCAUAUUUUCCUCUGCCAAUGCUCCUGUUCACGAUGGUGAGUCUCGAGGCCUUCCACCACCGGCAACGGACUGUGCUCUCGCCCGUGCACAUUCGAAAAAUGGCAGAAGCCGACUCGGUUCCAUUGGCGGAAGGCUUCACAAGAGGUUCUCGCGGGACGGUCGAUUACAGCCUCCAGAUGCAAAGCUUGACGAAAGAGCUUCUAUGUGUGAUAGUGGACAUGCCAGUAUCGAAAACAAGCCAUUGUUUGAUAUCCUUGAUAGUGGAAAUACAAGUGAGAAUGCCUAUGACAGUGAUGCACACAGGCUGCUCACCCCUCAGAUCACCGCACGGCUCAAAUCCAGUCAUGGGAACCGAACGAUCCUGGAAAACGUUUGCCCAGUGUCUGCUAGGGAUGUGCAGAGUCUGUCGAGGGAAAAAUUCUGCCUUGGUCUCGACGGCGCUCCUGCUAGCAACAGAGGGAGCCAGGCCACCGAGCCGGUCAAUUUACGGGAGGCAUAUCGCUCUGGUGAAGACGGUGUCGAACGACAUUCCUCUGCUGGACAUUCAGAUUCAGCAAGAAAAAGUACAUCCAUCUACCUUGUUAGCCCUGACUCCGACGCGGGACCAAUGACGCCUCUGAAGACCCACAUAACAAGGGCCUCUUGUUCAAUCAUAGAAGAUGAUUACAGGAAAACACCAACGUUGACCCCAAGCGACCUUGGGGCUUCGGAUAGCCCCGACAAGGAAAUCAGUCCCCUUUCUCUGGCAGACUCUCCCGAAAGCGUUCAGAUCAAUGUUACAGCGCGAAAUAAGAGCACUUCACCAGAUGUUUGCCAGUCCAACAGCCCCCAGGCCGAUGACACGCAAAUCAGAAUAAAUAUUGGAACCUCAGUGUAUUCGAGUCCGGCCUCGGAAACCCCAGAAUAUGAGCGAAAACUUGAAGAGUUUUCUGCUAUCGAGUCUCCAAUACACCAAGUAAAAAAGAGUUUAACCUCAAACAGAGUCUCACCAGAGAACGUGCCGAAACAGCGGGCACCAGCAAAUACCCGCCGAGAACCUUCAAUUGCUACCCAAAGGGACAGUUGUAGCUUUGUUAGAAGGAGCCGCUUUAUUGAAGACCUAGACGAUGUGUUCACCCUGAAAUUUGAUGAAACUGAGCCUCCAAAGGAGGACUAUCCCAAGACGGAACCUGUGAGUCGGCGACUGAGCGAUGGCUGGCUGUCUGGCGGGAAAAGAUUGGGGUACGGCUACAAUAUUGCCCUGGGUGAAAGGUACCCCCGACUCUCCUGCUCCGAAGGCGCCGCUGACGAGAAAUAUAACUCGGCCAUUCGAUCACAGUCUUAUACGGAUUAUAAAAAUGGGGCUCCAUCAGAAUACAGGCUGCCAAUUCAGGACUACAAACGUAUCUCACGUCAAUCUGACAGUCCGGAUAGUCAUCGGCGCCCACGUACAGCUACUAGGGAGGGUAGUCAUACUAUCCGCCGAGUGUCCCCAUUUCACCAAAGCGAUAUCGAUCGCAGUGACCAUUCAAGUAGGGUAACGAGUGCCAUUGCAUGUCUGACAAAGAAAGUCCGCAGACACAAGAGAGACGUCAGUAGCUGCACUGCAGCGUCCAGCCGUUCCAACCAAUCUCAUGGAUUAGAGCCGUUCCCAUCCCUAGGCACCGAAGUGGACCUAGAGAUGCCUCUUGGUUUCGACCCAGCCCGUCGUGAUAUUGGAAGUGGCGUAUAUAAUCGCAACCAUCCCACUAUAAAGCUUGUACAAGCACUUCGAGAACCAUCGAACCCAAUUAAGGAGAGUACUGAAAUUUGCCCAAUGGCAUAUGACAACAUCUCAGACAGCGAGGAUGACGGUGAGGAUAUCCGGCCUGAGCCAAUAUCUGCUGAGGUAUGGUCCAAGCUAUACGAUGAUUGCCUCCAAAACAGUUAA